CCAACAGCAAAUCGUGUCAGCUUUGAAUUACAAUCUUGGAAUUAUGUCUCCUAUCGUACUUUAAACACCUUGUAAUCCCUCUUUUACGUUGCAGUCACCAAUAUGGGUAGGCGAGCGCGAGUCACCUUCGACUACGAGCCGGAACAAACGGACGAACUUCGUUUAACUGUUGGAGAAAUUAUCGAGAACGUUGAAGAUGAAGACGAGGGUUGGUGCAAAGGAACUUUAAAUGGAAAAGUAGGGCUUUUCCCCAACAAUUUUGUAGAAUUCAUAGCAGAAACAGCUGAUGUUGCUGCAGCGAAAGCGGACCCCAAGCUUUCAAAAGAUCCCUUGGCUGGCAAGAAGGCAAAAGUAAGCUUUGAUUAUGAUGCUGAAAAUAGUGAUGAGCUCACUAUCAAAGUGGGAGAAUUGGUUGAAAUCAUAAGGGAAGUGGAGGACGGUUGGUGGGAAGGAACCAUCCAUGGCCGUACUGGAGUAUUUCCAUCAAACUUUGUUGAACUUGUUAGUGAAUCAGAUGGCCCACCUCCACUGCCAGAGAAAGAAUCUAUACCAACUGAAGCAGCAGCUAAUGAAACACCCUCGAAAGCUGCCGUAGUUAUUGAUGAGGAGGAUGCAUCAAAUAAACGCUCUUCAAUCUAUGGACAGUCUAAGAAGAUGGGCGGAGGCAUGGGCUUUGGCAAUUUGAUUAGUGCUGAUAUAUUGUCUGGUACAAGAUUAAAGAAAGUAGAUCARAAGAAAAAACCUGACCCCCCUGAACAGAAGGCCCCUCCUGUUGAACCUUCCCCAAUUAAAAAAGAAAGUUCUUUAAAAAGAAGAGCACCUUCAAUACCUCCAUCACCAGCUGCACCAGGAGCACCUGCCAAAAAAGCUGUAGGAAAAGCUAAAGUUCUGUUUGAAUAUACCCCUGAAAAUGAUGAUGAACUAGCCCUCCAUGUUGGAGACAUUGUAACAGUGUUGAACAAGGAGGUUUAUGAAACUGAUGGCUGGUGGGAAGGUGAACUCARUGGUAAAGUGGGUCUCUUUCCUGAUAACUUUGUGGAACUAUUACCRGAUGAGGUGCAAGCUAAGGGGUCACCCAAGGCAAAAAAAGUUCCUCCAGCACCAGUUUCAGGUCACCAAGAGAAACGAGCACCGCCCCCAGCUCCUUCAGAGGAAGAAAAGCGGCCAACACCAACGAGUGAGCCGCCKAAAAAAGACAUGAAAAAAGCAGCCGAGCCGAAGAAAUUACCACAGCCGAAGGAUCAUGAAACUGAGACGCCCAAGCCACAUUUACCGCCGAAAAAGCCGGUUCCACCAAAGCCUUCCACUAAGCCAUCUGUAUUGCCGAAGAAGCCAGUUCCUAAACCCCCAGCAAAGCCCGUUCCACCAAAGCCGGGCCCGAAAGAAACAGAAAUUAAAAACGACAUYGGSAAUAACAGGCUUAAUAAAACAGCUCCAGGAAUAAUGGAAGGAAUAGCCAAGGCAGCGAGCGCAAGCGAAGAGUGUAAUUUAGACGCCGUUGAAAAGCAUGAGAUGCUGGAUCAUCUCACUAAAAAUAGAGCAAGAUUACAAAACAAACGUCCUCCCUCAACCACUAGAAUAUCGGAAAAGAGAAGCAAGAGAGCUUAGAGAAGCUAAAGAAUCCAAAGAGAAAGCGAUGCCACCCGCACCUCAAGCGAAAGAGAAAAAGCCUCUAAUCUUCGAGAAACGAGAGGAACAAAAAACCAGCCCGACGCAACUCCGAAAAUCAGUCGAGCAGCCGGCGAAGUUGCCCGACGCAGCUUCGCAAGACGAAGUUAGCAGUCUUCGUAAAGAAGUAUCAGAUUUAAAAGCGCUCGUAGAUGAAAUGAAGGCGCAAAUGAAAGCAAUGCAUCACAAGCACGAGGAAGAUGUGAAAAGGCUUGAAAAGCGUUUAGUAAAAGAAAUUGAACAGUUAACCGAAGAUUUUGACGAACAGAGGAACAGAUAUGCCAAAUUAGAAAUCGAUUUUGAUCGUCUCAAGAAACGAAGACGACGAGAAUCAGCCGACGUUGACGAAUAACCCUUUUUGUACAGUGUACAGCAUGUUUUAAAAGUUACUGACUUGAAAUACACCAAUACGACCGAAACCAWUCCUGGGAAUUUCAAAUUUCACUCCAAGGUCUACAAGACUUCUGGGAAAUUAAUGUUUGAUCUUGCCUAGAAUGAAUUCUGGGAUAUCAACCUUUGGAAAGAUCAACAGGKAUUCUUGGAAUACAAAACCUCUGCCAAGACCCAUAGGAAUGCUCGAAAAAACAAUUUAAAACUAUAUUCAGGUUUUCUUGGAAUCUGAGGCUGACCAAGUCUUAAAGGAAUUCUGGGUAAGGCAUAGAAGACCUCCAGGAAUUCUGGGAAUAUCAGAGCUUGACAGAGACAUGRAAUUGCAAACGCAAGUUCCUUGGUACUGUUAUAUUUCUAAAAGACUAUACAGUCAACUCUCGCUAUUACGGACAUCCUCGGGACCGUAAUUUAGUGUCCGCAGUAGCGAGAGUUAUUUUCAGUCAUUUCUCUGUAUUUUUUUCCGGGGAUUCAGUAUUUUACUGUCCGCAAUAUCGAGGUGUCCGUUGUAGCGGGGUGUCCGUAAGGCAAGAGUUGACUGUAAUAUCAGAAAUAGAAUCGAUAAUUCUGAAAACAGCCAAAAUAUUUCAAAGUUUGGUCUCUUAACUUACUUCUUCUCGGCUCUCUUUUCGGUCAAUAACUCCAUCAUGUAAUUUUUACAAUUUAGCUGUACAUACAAUUCUAGCUCUUUUUAUACUCAUGUAAUAAUAGGCAGUAAAUGUUAUAUUAUAGUUAGUAAAGGGUAAUGUGAACGUUUUACGGUCAUUACUAAUCGUGACCCAAUGGCGUCUCCACUACCCUCGCGGUAUUUUGUCCUAUUUUGUGGCCGGGUUGGUAUGAUACGGUUGAAUCAAGGAAUAAGUUGUCAUAUUCUUGAAGAUUCACACUGGCAAAAACAAAGCAAAAAUCCCACAURGAAGGUGAAUUUGCAUUUAAAGUAGUGAUGGCUAUAAAUGUCCCACGUGGUAGAAAGAUUCACAAUCUUGUUCGCAGGCCCAUACCUCAAGCAAAGGGAUACGGGCCUAGGAACGAGGUUGAUGAAUGCCAGAAAGUGCGUAGCCAGGCGCUCCGGACCAAACCCUCUCGGAGCGGCUAGGAACGCCUGGCAAAGCAGGCCAGAAAGUGCGCUUUUUUCCUCUAUCUUGUAAGGGAGGGGAGGGAAAGUCCCAGCAUAACAAGCAUAAUUGAUCAGUAAACCUGAGGUAAUUCGUAUUAUUGAUUGAAAGACGACAACUAGGAAUAAGCAAUAUGGGUAUGACGUCAUCCUCCUUAUGACGUCAUUAUAUGUUAGAAGUUUAAGUGAUGUCAUUCUCUGGCAGGGAAAGAAAAUGGUGUAAUAUGAGUGUACGUAUGUAAGUAUGUUUUGUGCUUGCAAUGCAAUUUUUAAGAGACAACAUACAGAAUAAGGCGCACACAGGAAGCCCAAGGCUAAACUUUGAACCGAAUCGAGUGCAGCAGUUUAAAAUUGCAUUACAAGCGCAAAGAAACUUGGGAUGUUAACGCGUGAUGGUCAUUUSCCCCUACGCGUAACUUUAGUUUCGCAAAGAAACUUUGUCCUCUGCAGUUUUAUAAAACGUCCGCCAUCUUGAUUCUUUGACUUCUACCAUGAUGCACUUCGCCAAAACUAGUGUGACGUCAUWUGGGGAAAGGACCAUUUCCGCCGCGUCUAUAUAUGGAAAUAUGCUGAUCAUUGUUGAAUGAAAGAUUAAUGACAUUAUAAAAUUUGAUAAGAGAAUAAAGAAUAUGUUUAUUAGA